CACCGGUAUCUUUAUAGUGAGGGACAUGUUAUCGAUGACACCGUUUACUUGUUGUGCUAGCACUGAACUAUUACAACCUGUUGUAGAAGAACAGGGAUUCCUCCAGAAAGGUUGUUGCCAUUCAUUUAUGGAUUCUGUGUCUACAUUGCAUACAUUAGCCAUAUCCACAUUCAUUAAUGUAGAAACAGAAGCAUUUUUGUCUACAAUACUGACUGGGAGAGGAUCCAUUCAGUAAUAAACAUUAUAAUGGUAAGUAGAAAAUAUAUCUGCAUUGUAUAUUUUCCACAAAUGUAAAUCCAUGGGAUUUAAGACAAGAAACUGAGCCAUAAUAGACACCGACAUGUCUCAGUUUUUAAGAAUUCUUCAAGAAUUAAUAUGGAGGACAUUAAUGAGUUGGACACUUCUACCAUAACUGUUUUUAACAAUGUAGACGCAAUUACACAGACAUUCAAUGGUGAGAAACCAUUAGCAAGUGAAACACUUAACAAGAAAACAUCGGUAAGCAGAAAUAUUUACUGUGAAAUCUGUGGGAAAUCUUUUGCCUCAAACAGUAAUUUAACAAAGCACAAACGAAUCCACAGCGGAGAAAAGCCAUUUCAGUGUGAGAUAUGUGGGAAAGCCUUCACUCAAAAUUCUCAUCUUGUUGUUCACAUACGAAGUCACACAGGAGAGAAACCAUUCCGCUGUGAAGCGUGUGGGAAAUCUUUUGUUUCUGACAGUGAUUUAACAAGACACAAAGUGAUACACUCUGGAGAAAAACCAUAUCACUGUCAGAUAUGUGGGAAAUCUUUUACCAAUAAUUCAAAUCUUGUUAUCCACAUACGUAGUCACACUGGAGAGAAACCAUUCUGCUGUGAAUUGUGUGGGAAAUCUUUUGUUUCCAAUAUUCAUUUAACAAGUCACAAAAGGAUACACAGUGGAGAAAACCUCUGUUAUUGUAAAAUCUGUGGCAAAUCGUUCGUUAAUAAUUCAAAGCUUGUUAUUCACAGAAGUAGUCACACUGGAGAGAAACCGUGUCAUUGCGAUGUGUGUGGCAAGUGUUUUGUGUCUAACAGUAAUUUAACAAGACACAAACUAAUACACAGUGGAGAGAAAUCCUUCCACUGUGAAAUAUGUGGCAAGUCUUUCGUCUCCAACAUUGUUUUAACCAAGCACAAACGUAGUCACACAGGAGAAAAACCAUUCCAGUGUGAAACGUGUGGGAAAUCAUUCUCUGUCAAUUCCAGUCUUGUAGUUCACAACCGUAGUCACACCGGAGAGAAGCCUUUCCACUGUGAGAUAUGUGGGAAGUCUUUUGUUGAGAAUUCUAAACUGACCAUUCACAUACGUAGUCACACUGGAGAAAAACCAUAUCGCUGUGAAGUGUGUGGGAAAUCUUUUGUUAAUAAUAGUGAUUUAACAAAACACAAACGAAUCCACACAGGAGAGAAACCUUAUCAUUGUGAUAUAUGUGGGAAAUCUUUUAAGACCAACAGUCACUUGAAGGCACACAAACGAAUCCACACUAGAAAGAAUCCUUUCAACUGUGAAAUGUGAGAAAUACUUUGCUUACAAAUCUAAACUUGUAGUCCACCAACAUACACUCAUUGGAGAACAUUUAUCAUGGUGAAAUAUGAUGGAAAUUGGAAUUAUCAUUUUUCUCAAUGUACUCUCAUUUAAAAAUAACCCUUCCACUAAAAUAUUUUGGAAAGCCUUUUCUGUAAAUUACAAAUGUCAUCAUCAUCAUCAUCAUCAUAAUGUACACUUUGCUAUGUUUGCAUGUAUCAGAUGGAAUUCAUUGAGGCAUAUUUUCUGUGGCCAGAUACUCUUCCUGUCACCAGCCCUCACCUGUUUCCAAGCAAAGUAACAUUUCCCAUUGACUGGAAACAACUCCAUUUGUGUGACUCUGAUGGUUGUUUAUAAUCAUCAUGUGAUGUCAAGAUAGGAGUAGAAACUAUCACACACGUGUGAUAGUUUCCAUCUACCAAAUCCACUCAAGGCUUUAGUCAUCAUGUGGCUGUAGCAAAAAAAACACUUGCCUAAGAUGCCCUGCAGUGGGACUGAAUCUAAAAUCAUGUGGUUUUGAAGUAAACUUCUCAACUAUGCAGUCAUGCCUGCACCUUGUUAAAUGAAUUUAGACUGGACAUAGAACUAUAUCAGAGUGAGAUAAUAUGUGAGGAAUCAUUCAGUAUGAAGUUUACAUUUUUAAUCCAGUGUUGAAUACAGACUGGAGACAAAGAUUAUUAUUGUGACAUAUAUUAACAAUCACUCUUUGAAUUCUAGUCUUGUAAUCCAUAAAUACACUUUGAAGAAAGACCUAUUCAUUGUUAUUUGUCAUUAAAGUUUCUUACAGAGACAGAAUCUCAUAAAUCAUGACUGGAAAGACAAAGUAAAAUCUUAUAGAUAUGAAAUUAUACAUGGUUCACCUACCAACCACAUUUUGGACAGCAAACUCUCUAGGUUGAAACAGUCCAUCUUAACAGUCCUGGACAAACACGCCAACCCCUUCCCACCCAACCUCUCCAAGACACAAAUCAUCACUUAAAAAAACUGGUUGGAAAACCUAGUCUAUGUCUCCCCUCUGACAAAGACAGAGAAUUUUAUCUCAUUAUACCACACACAUAUGACAAUUUAGCAUUCCAGCACCUUAACAAUAUCUACACCAGAAUCACUGGGGUCACUGCAACCACACUAGAAGACCU